AGCAACGGACGUGAAAUCGUGUAUUUUUGUGGGCUGUGUAUUGUCGUCGAGCGUCGGUAAAACUGAACGUAAGGCGAGACAGCUGAACGAAAAGCCAAUUUGAAUAGCUAGUGAAUUGGAAAAGCCAAAAUAAACCGAAUAAAAACAUUAUUAGUUCUUGAAGAAAAAUAAAAUUAUAAAAAAUAAAACAAUAUACAACUGAUAUAUGAAACAACAUUAUAACGCAUUAUAACACUACAAUAACCAAAUUCCCAGGCGAUGUGGAGUUAUUAAGCCAGCUGACCUGAGCAACAUGGUGAAGAUCGAGGAAGGUCUGCCGUCCAGCGAGAUCAGUGCCCACAGUCACCACUUUCAGCACCACCACCACCCACUGCCGCCCACCACCCACCAUCACCCGCUCCAAAGUACCCAUCCCGUCGGCCUGAAUCUCACCAAUCUGAUGAAAAUGGCCAGGACACCCCACUUGAAGUCCAGUUUCUCCAUAAAUGCCAUACUUCCGGAGACUCUGGAGCAUCACGACGAGGACGAGGAAGAGGAAGUGGAGAAGAAGUCCCCGGCGAAGUUUCCACCCAAUCAUAAUAACAACAACCUGAAUGCCACGAACUGGGGUUCUUCUGAGGAUCAGGAGGCGGAAAGUGAUCCCGAAUCGGACCUGGAUGUGACCUCCAUGUCACCGGCUCCCGUCCUGAACACCAACGAAAGCGAUCAGGAGGAAGUGGAUGAGGAGUUUGUGGAGGAGGAUGUGGAAUGUGAUGGAGAGACCACCGAUGGCGAUGCGGAGAACAAGUCCACGGAUGGCAAGCCGGUCAAGGAUAAGAAGGGCAAUGAGAAGCCGCCCUACAGCUACAAUGCGCUGAUCAUGAUGGCCAUUCGGCAGAGCCAGGAGAAGCGUCUCACCCUGAAUGGCAUCUACGAGUACAUCAUGACCAAUCAUCCUUACUACCGGGACAACAAGCAGGGCUGGCAGAACUCUAUAAGGCACAACUUGAGUCUAAAUAAGUGCUUUGUGAAGGUCCCUCGGCACUAUGAUGAUCCCGGAAAGGGCAACUACUGGAUGUUGGAUCCCUCGGCGGAGGAUGUUUUCAUUGGCGGAUCAACGGGAAAGCUGAGGAGAAGGACAACGGCUGCCUCCCGCUCUAGGCUGGCGGCCUUUAAGAGGUCCCUGAUAGGACCCAUGUUCCCGGGACUGGCUGCCUAUCCCCAGUUUGGCCAGUUUCUCACCUAUCCCCCGACGGCGCCCAGUUUGCUGGCCAGCAUGUAUCAGCGCUACAAUCCCUUUGCGCCGAAAAGUGGACCAGGACAUCCGGGGAUGCCAACGGGCUUGCCGGGCCUGCCUCCUGGUCCACAAGGACCUCCUGGACCCCCGGGACCUCCGCCCUUUGUUGCCCCACCACCCACGAGCAGCGAACUCUACCAGCGAUUGCAGUACCAACAGCUGUUGCACCAACAUGCCGCAGCCGCCGCCUUGGCGGCUCAUCAAAGGCAACUUUCGGUGGUGGCGGCCUCGCAGGCGGCACAACAACCACCGCCCCAACACCACGCCCACCUGGGGGUGGUGGGUCAGGGACCGCCCCUCUCGCCAGGCGGAGACUCCCCGGGACCCUCGCCACAGCCACUCAUCAAGCCCGUCACCGUUGUCUCGCGCAACAGCUGAAGAUUCCGUGGAGGAGAUUCCUCCGAUUCUUCGGCCAGCGGAGCAGCUUCUGUAGCUCAUAAGUAUUCCUUGUACAUAGAUAUAGCCGCGACUGAGGCGCUAGACGCUUGUAAAUAGAUGAGAAAUGGGGGGAAAUAAGAAAAUCAAAGCAGGAGCUAGAGAAGAAACCAUAUUCGGUUAACCGAAUGUAAUAGAAACCUUUGCAGAGUUGAGGAAGAAAUUUGAUAUAUGUAUUGUCUUGCACUUACUUAAAAGGAUUUCUAAAUAGUAUCUUAUAGGUUAAAUUUUGAAUCUCUUUUUAUAAAGAGAAUUAUGAAAGUAAAACUGAAAUUUAUUAAAGAAUGUUUGUUUAUUAGUUCAAGGCACAACAACCGCAUAACUCAGGCUAAACUUCAAUAAAACUAUAUUCUCCGUUCUAAACAAUUAAUGUCUGUCAUCCACCAGAAAAGCCAUCAAAAGUUUAUCUAUAGCACCUUGUCGUAAAAAUACUUUUAUGUGGUUCCAACUCAGACCCCUUCAAAACCCGAUAGCAAUACCUCUGCAAAGGCUUUUCCAAACGAGUGUUUCAGAGUUGGUAACUUGUUGUCACAUAUCUAUGGUAUAUGUAUGUAAUUUGAUUAACGUACUUAAGCGCUACAGGCAAAGAACUAAGCACUAUUUAAUUUAUAUAUUAUUGUAUAUUUAGACACCGAACGAAGCGAGCGAAAACGAAAACCAAUUAAAAUUCUAUUGAAAUAAAAAUUGAAAAACAAAA